AUGGCGGCGGAACAGUGGCUGAAAGCUGUGCAAGAGGCUAAAAAAACGGCGAUAAUUCAGGAUGGGAAGAGAAAGGUCCACUUCAUGAUGGGAGAUGGGAAGGAAAUGGUAGAGGAGUAUCACUUGGAUACUAAUGUUCUGACGCGCAGAGCCUGGAGAGAAAAGGGCAAACUUGGACAGGAUGUCGGGUGGGCCGUAGAGGUUGGCGAUCCAGAUCCCAAACCUCUCGACAAUCUGGAGGUAUCUGGCAUCAGGGAAAGCUCCAACACGCCAAUCAUCUCGAGGAGAAUCACAAAGGUAUCCCUGGAGUGGAGGAUCAGGAAUUUACCCUAUCCAAAAGACGUGUAUUCUGUUACAGCGGAGAAUGAUAAAACUAUAACCGUCAGAACGAGUAAUAAAAAGUAUUUCAAAAAAAUAAGUGUUCCCGACUUGGAACGAGUCGGUCUGAAGCCAGAGCAGGAAAGAAUUUCUUUCACGCAUCAGUUCAAUACUUUGAUUAUCACGUACAAAAAACCGCCUCUUCUCAUCGACCUGGAGAAAACAAUUUUGCAAGAAAUCCUGCAAUUGAAAACGAGAAAGGAAAGUGACGUGCAAUGUCCAACAAGCUGA